AUGUCAAUCAUUAAUAACAAAAGGAAAAGAACAUUACUAUUACAAGCACAAUCUAAACAAUUGCGGGCUGAAGCAAAAAAAUUGCAAGCUAAAGCUAAGGAAAACAUACCACUUGCUUAA